AUGACUCUCGAAAAGGCCAGAGAAUUGGAUACGAAGUAUCCCACUUAUAGGGACAAGUUUGCUGUCCCCACUCACAAGUCUUUGGGUAUCAAGGAAUCCAAUGAGCUGCUGAUCUACUUCUGUGGAAACUCACUUGGAUUGAUGCCCCAUGCAACCAAGGUGGCGGUGAAUAAUGAACUUAAUGCAUGGGCUGAACGUGGUGUGGAAUCCCACUUCAACCACCCCAAUAAAGACGGGACUGAUUGGGUUGAUAUCGACUUGCCUUUGCUCCCAUUGGUUGCUCCUGUGGUCGGCGCCAAAGAGAAUGAGGUUGCCGUCAUGGGAUCCUUGACCAGUAACUUAAAUGCGUUACUCAUACAUUUCUACAAGCCAGCAGGAAAGAGAACCAAGAUAUUGUUCGAAAAGCAAGCAUUUCCAUCCGACUACUACGCAUUUUUGAAUUUGGUCAAAUUCUAUGGAUAUGACGAAUCUCAUUUGAUCCAGUUGGAAGUCAAGCCAGGCAAUACUUUCCUCCAAACAAGCGACAUUCUUGAAGCCGUGGACAAACAUGCAGACGAGUUGGCGUUGGUCUGCUUUCCAGGAAUCCAGUAUUAUACUGGACAGUUGUUCAAAAUCGAGGAAAUCACUAACCAUGUGAAAAGAUUGGGAGACAUUGUGGUGGGGUGGGAUUUGGCACAUGCUGUUGGUAACGUCCCUUUGCAACUACAUGACUGGAAUGUUGACUUCGCUGCCUGGUGUUCGUACAAAUACUUGAAUUCGGGCCCCGGGGCCAUUGCAGGAAUUUAUGUCCAUGAGAGAUACACCAAAGAUCUUUCAAAAAACAAUUACACACCGAGAUUAGCAGGGUGGUGGGGAAACAACAGCCAGGACAGAUUCAAAAUGUUGGAGCUGUUCGACCCCAUAAAUUCAGCGUUAUCUUACAGGCAAUCCAACCCUUCGGUAAUUGAUGUUGUUGCCGUUAGGGCAUCGUUAGAGAUGUUUAAAGAAGUUGGCGGAGUGGAAACUCUUCGCAAGAAGAGUCUUGAAUUAACUCAAUUUUUGCAAGAUUUGUUAACUCAAUCAAUUCAUUAUUUACCGCAAGGAAGCACCGAUUCCAGACUCGGGUUCAAAAUACUCACUCCAUUCAAUCCUGAAGAAAGAGGAAGUCAGUUGUCCAUCUUGUUCCAACCUCAUUAUGAAGGGAAAGACAAUAUCAUGGAAAAAGUGAAUAGCUACUUACACGAACACGGAAUAAUCUCUGAUGAGAGAAGACCCGAUGUCAUCCGGUUGGCACCAGUUCCUUUAUACAACACCUUUGAGGAGGAAUACAUUGUCGCUACUACGCUUAAUGCAGCAUUAGAUAAGGUAGCCAGCAAUGAAAUAUAA